AUGUUCAUUUUGUUUCCAAUUUUAUUUGUAUUGGUUGCUCUUGUGAAUAACGAAUUUACUCACGCUCUUGAUCAAGCCGGACGUGAUGCAGUAGUCUACUGGCACAAUUAUUAUCGUGCCGAAUUAGCUGCGGGAAGGGUUAAAAACAACACUGGAAGCUUUAUGCCAAAACCAGCUCUUAUGAAACAGAUGAAUUAUUCUUUAGAGUGUGAACAGAGAGCACAAUCUUGGGCAGAUCAAUGUACUUAUACUCGUGCCAUCGAGCAUGUAGUAAGUGGAUGGUGGGCAGAGUUAAUAUACAGAGGUGCUUUGGGGCCUGAGCCUGGAUCAACAUGUAUUCCAUAUACUGGUGCUCAAAAUGCUAGAGGUAUUGGGCAUUGGACACAACUUGCAUGGUGGAACACUAAUCAAGUUGGAUGUGGAAUUGGACGUUGCCCUUUAUAUAAAACUUAUGUAGUCUGUCAAUACAGGCCAGCUGGAAAUGUUAUCACAAAAUGCGUUUAUAAUGUUGGUGAGCCAUGUAGUGGGUGCCCAAAUAAUUGCAACCAAACAAGCAAACUUUGUCUUAAUUGA